GGAGCACUCACAAUGCACUGUCACAUUGGGUGCGAACACCAACCUGGGACGGGACACCCACGAGCCUAAAGAAUGACCGGUUGCAGUAGGUCGCUAAGCGGCAUCGCUAGGCAGUAGACUGUCGAGUCGUCUCAACCUUGGGCUCUUCGACUCGACUGUCGAUGCUGUCAGCCGAGCUAUGGCAUUGGAGGGCAGAAUAACCUUUGCUAGAACCCUUGAUGCUCGACAGCCACUGGGAUGCUUCGUCGACGCAUGCUGUGCCCUUUGAUGAGGCUCAAAUCAAUGCCCGAGGUCUUACGGAGUACGAGUACAAAGUAACAAUGUUGGCAAAGCCACGGAAAGGGUUGCCAGGAUGUGCGCGCAUCCAGCCGGCGAGCCGUUUUUGCCCACUGCCUACCCGGGUCUUCCCAGAGCCUAGGGGAGCUUGAAGAGCACCAUUUGUCCUCGAAGCAAACACAAGAGCCCUUCGCUAAUGGACUAUUCGCCGCGUGUUCGCAGGUGGGGAAGACGGUGGUGGGCAGCGUCCACACUUCUGUUUGUUCAAAUUUCCUAAUUUGAGGUCGACUCCGAGUCGAUCGUCUGCAACCUACCGUUGCCUACAUGUCGGGCCAUGCAUGGAUGACACUUUUUCGAGAACCUGGAGGCGCACAAGUACCAUGUUACAGAAUCCGUGGCCGAGAUAUAUAUGAUGGUAUGAUCCUUGCAGUAUGCUGCGACUGCCCACUCGAAGGCUGUCUGGUUAUAACUAUAUUACGGACUUCUGUUAUAACUACGGAGUACAACGAAUCUCCAAUUUCGUUCACGUACCGAGGUGCGUUCUGCUUAGCAGCCGCGUCUUCCGAAGCGCACUGCUCGAGACGGCUGUAUCUACCUACGGAGUACUGUAUCUCGAUUCCAGGCCUCUAGGCAUCACAAUCACAUUCAGCUUGCAAAAUUGUGACGACGAUGAUGCAUGGUUUGUGAUGUAACUACAUGGCGACUAUGAUGAAUAAUUCAAGCCAAUACGAAGUCAAGGCCACACACCCGCUCAUCGCCUCUUGCAUCAGACUCUCAGCAUGGAAGACCAGGGAUGCCCCGGAAAAUAUACGGCUGUCGGUGCGCAAUCUUACAUGGCCUGAAGAUGAUCUCGCUGUCCGUCCAAUAACAUGACUGUCCUACUAGUGGUUGUGGGAUCAGCCUGACGCAUUGGCUUUUUGCUUCUAUUUCCUCUGUAUUCUUGUCUGUUUGAAAGCAAGGUACUUUGGCAAAUGGACGCAGUGGCCACCGUGAC